AUGGGAAGCGCGUUCAGUUUCAUGUCCGCUUCAGCUGAUAAUAAUUUAGAAACAUUUUCUCUCGCAUGGCUCAGUGCUCAAAUCGAUUCAACAGAAGAGAAUAAACAAACUCAGCAACAGCUUCGACAAAUCAUCAAUCACCUCAAAACAUUUCAUGACAAACAGCAAUGUCAUGACUAUGUCACUUCACUUUCUUCACAAGAUCGACUUGUUCUCAUUGUCAGUGGUCAAUAUGGUCGAGAACUAGUUCCUCAAAUUCAUUCACUUCGACAAGUCUCUGCAAUUUAUGUUUACUGUAUGAAUAAACAAGCACAUGAAAAAUGGGCAAACAGCUUUACCAAGGUGAAAAGUGUGAUUACGCGAACCAAAGAUCUCAUCGAUCACAUCAAAGCCGAUCAGAAAAGUCGAGCAAAGACUGAAGAACCACUCUCGAUCAAUAUUAUCAAUGGAACUGGCACUUCAGAUCAGUCCACAACUGAACUCAAUGGUCAUUUUCUUCACUCACUUCUUCUCAUCGAUGUUCUUCUUCGAUUGAAACCGAAUGACAAAGAUAAAGAUCAGCUCAUCACACUUUGCAAACAGCACUUUCAUGACAAUCACAGUGAGCUCGCUUUUGUAGAUGAAUUUAAGCGAGAAUAUUCAAGUGACAAGGCAGUUUGGUGGUAUACGCGUCGAUCGUUUGUGUACAAAAUGCUGAACAAGGCACUGCGAGUACAAAACAUUGAGAUUCUGUUUUUAUUUCGUUUUGUGAUCAACGACAUUUAUCGGCAACUGAAGCAGCAUCAAUGUGCAUCACCAUCACCUGUUCGUGUUUAUCGAGGUCAGAUGAUGUCAAGUGAUGAAUUAGAAAUCUUACGACGAUCGACUGGUAAACUUAUAUCGAUCAAUUCCUUUUUCUCAACUAGUCUCGAUCGACAGACAACAUCGGCAUUUCUCCGUAGUUCGAGUGAUCUACAUAGUGUGCUGUUUGUUAUUGAUGCUGAUCCAGCUGUAGUGAUGUCAAAACCAUUUGCUGAUGUUAGUAAACUGAGUUAUUUUACAAAUGAACGCGAGGUGCUGUUCAUGAGUGGAUGCAUCUUUCGUUUGGAUGGUAUUCAUCAAGAUGACGAUAUGUGGGUGAUUGAAAUGCAACUAUGUGAUGACAAUGAACAUGAUUUGAAGAUGCUGUUCGAUCACAUGAAGAAGGACUAUGGAAGUGGUGAUGGUAAAGUCGAUCUUCGUUCUUUGGGUGUUGUGUUGCGUAGAAUGGGAAAGCCUGAGUUAGCAGAGAAGAUGCUGCAGCGUCAUCUGAAUGAACUUCCACCGAAUGAUCCAUCGCUUGGAUGUGUAUACUGGUCACUUGGUAUAGUCACUCAAGAUAAAGGUGAUUAUGAUGCUAGUCUGAAGUGGUUCGAGAAAUCAUUGGAGAUCUAUAUGAAAACCGACUCAUCUGAUUAUGUCAGCAUAGGAAAUUUGUAUAAUUUGAUUGGUACGACUCACUGGAAAAAGAAUGAUAAUGAAAGAGCAUUGGAAUAUUAUAAGAAAGCAAUCACACUGUUUGAGGAAGGACACGCUGAGGAUCGUUCAGAUAUGGCUCAUUUCUACAACAACAUUGGUAUAAUCUAUCAGAAUCAGAAGAAGUAUUCGGAAGCUCUUGCUUACUAUGAGAAGUCAUUGGAUAUCCGAAAGAAACAUAUACCAGCUGAUGAUCCAAACAUAGGCACUUCAAAUUAUAAUCUUGGAUGUAUAUAUGAUGCCCUUGAACGAUAUGACCUUGCGAUGGAAUAUUAUACUGGAGCACUCAAGAUUCAGAAGAAAUCCCUACCUCAUGAACAUAUAGAUAUCGCCAAGAGCUACAGCAGCAUCGGUGUAAUACAUGAGAAGAAGAGUGAAUGGCGAGAAGCACUCGCGAACUAUGAAAAGGCUGCCGAAAUCUAUCGUAGUUCGUUAUCACCUCAACAUCCAUAUGUGAUCGAAGUCAACGAAGACAUUCGACGUGUCUCAUCAGGACAAAACUUAUUAAGUUACGUUGUGGAUUUUCUUCGUAAAGCAGUCGGAAUAUAA